AUGGUGGAGGUGCCUGAUUAUCUGUGCACUCCAGAGGAGAACGUGUACAAGAUAGACUUCACCAGGUUCAAAAUCCGGGACAUGGAAUCUGGCACAGUCUUGUUUGAAAUCACCAAACCAGCAGCUUCAGAACGUGACCACAAUGACAAGAAGGACACCGACCCCAACGCCGGGCGGUUCGUGCGCUACCAGUUCACUCCAGCUUUCCUGAGGCUGCGGCAAGUGGGAGCCACGGUGGAAUUCACAGUAGGGGACAAACCCAUCAACAACUUCCGCAUGAUUGAGAGGCACUACUUCCGUGACCAGCUCCUGAAGAGUUUUGAUUUUGAGUUUGGGUUCUGCAUCCCCAGCAGUAAAAACACUUGUGAGCACAUCUAUGAAUUCCCACAGCUCUCUGAGGAUCUCAUCCGUGAGAUGAUCCUUCACCCCUACGAGACACAGUCGGACAGUUUCUACUUUGUAGACAACAAGCUCGUGAUGCACAACAAGGCAGAUUAUUCCUACAGUGGAGGACCUUGA